AUGGCACCUGCAGAAAUGCAAGAAUUGAAGGUGCAGUUGGAGGAAUUGUUGGAAAAAGGGUACAUUCGACCUAGUGUUUCGCCUUGGGGCCCCGUACUGUUUGUUCGAAAGAAAGAUGGAUCUUUAAGGUUGUGUAUCGAUUAUAGGGAGUUGAAUAAUGCCACGGUGAAGAAUAAAUAUCCGCUCCCGAGAAUUGAGGAUUUGUUCGAUCAACUUCAAGGUGCAGCAGUAUUUUCAAGGAUCGAUUUGAGAUCGGGUUAUCACCAAUUACGAAUUGCUGAAGAGGACAUUCCGAAAACAGCCUUUCGUACGAGAUAUGGCCAUUAUGAGUUCACAGUCAUGCCUUUUGGACUCACAAAUGCGCCAGCUGCUUUCAUGGAUCUCAUGAAUAGGACCUUUCAGCCAUAUCUGGACAAGUUCGUGAUAGUAUUCAUUGACGAUAUAUUGGUGUACUCGAAGGAUAAAGAAGAUCAUGAGGUUCAGUUGAGGAAAGUAUUGGAGAUUCUUCGAGAAAAGCAAUUGUACGCUAAGUUCUCAAAAUGUGAAUUUUGGUUGGAAAAAGUCUUUUUGGGUCAUGUGAUAUCAAAGGAAGGCGUUUUAGUAGACCCAUCGAAGAUUCAAGCAGUGACUGAUUGGCCUCAACCUAAGAACGUCACUGAAAUAAGGAGUUUCUUGGGUUUAGCUGGAUAUUACCGAAGAUUCGUAAGAGAUUUUUCAAGAACAGCCCAACCUCUCACUAACCUGAUGAAGAAAACAACAAAAUUUCAUUGGGAUGAUAAGUGUGAGAAAGCAUUUCAAGAGUUGAAGAAAAGACUUACAACAGCCCCGGUAUACUUGCCCUCUGGAGUAGAAGGAUUUGAAGUUUAUAGUGAUGCCUCGAAGAAAGGUUUUGGGUGUGUUUUGAUGCAGCAUGGCAAAGUAGUGGCCUAUGCGUCGAGACAACUCAAACCGCAUGAGCAAAAUCACCCUACUCAUGACUUGGAGUGGGCGAUCGUGUUUGCGUUGAAAAUUUGGAGACAUUACUUGUAUGGAGUGCAGUGUAAAGUCUAUACAGAUCACAAGAGCUUGAAGUAUCUGUAUACGCAAAAGGAGUUGAAUAUGAGGCAAAGACGUUGGUUAGAGCUUAUAAACGACUAUGAUUUGAAGAUAGUGUAUCAAGAAGGAAAAGCGAACAAAGUAGCAGAUGCGUUGAGUAGGAAGAGCGCUCAUUCGCUAAAUGUGCUGAUUUUGGCAAAUGAUCUGUGUGAGGAGAUCAAGAGAUUGAAUUUGGAAGUAGUAGAACCCGGUUAUGUGAAAGCUCAAUUGAAUGCUCUUACUGUUGGACCGGACAUAUUUGAGGAGAUUCGAGAGAAGCAAGCUCCGAUAAGGUUGAGUAAGUUAAGAGGGAUGAAAGAAAGUGGUCAAGCACCAGAAUUCGAGAUCGAUGAAAAUGGCGUUGCAAAGUAUAAACAGAGAUGGUGUGUGCCACAAGAUGAGGAACUCAAGACGAGAAUCCUAAGGGAAGCUCAUAGUUCGCCGUAUUCUAUACAUCCAGGAGGAGAUAAGCUUUAUAAGGAUUUGAAGAAGCACUUCUGGUGGCCUAGGAUGAAGCAAGAAGUAGCCGACUUUGUGGCAAAAUGUUUAACCUGCCAGAAGGUAAUACAGCAUAUGAAGCCUGGAGGAAAAUUGCAACCGUUGGAAGUGCCAGGAUGGAAAUGGGAAUCUAUCUCCAUGGAUUUUAUCACGGGAUUGCCAAAUACAAGAUCUGGAAAGAAUGCAAUAUGGGUAAUAGUGGAUCGUUUGACUAAGACGGCAAGAUUCGUAGCAAUGAAGGAUACUUGGUCGUUGAAACAGUUGGCCGAUGCUUACUUUAAUGAGGUAGUUAGGCUACAUGGUGUUCCGAAGGACAUCAUUUCGGAUAGGGAUUCGAGAUUCUUAUCUAAGUUCUGGAAACAGCUUCAAACAGCCGUGGGUACAUUAUUGAAGUUCAGCACAGCUUUCCACCCGGCAACAGAUGGUCAAACAGAGAGAACAAUUCAGACUUUGGAAGAUAUGUUGAGAGCAUGCGUGAUGGAUUUCGGAGGAUAUUGGGAUAAUCAUUUGAUGUAUAUUGAGUUUUCGUACAACAACAGUUAUCACUCGAGCAUAGGAAUGACACCUUAUGAGGCAUUGUAUGGACGAAAAUGUAGGAGUCCUAUAUGUUGGAGCGAUGUGAACGAGUCGUUGAAUUUAGGACCAGAAAUGAUAGAAGAGACUACUAACAAGGUGAAGUUGAUUCAAGAGCGCAUGAAAGCAGCUCAGGAUCGACAAAAAUCGUAUGCCGAUCAAAGGAGACGGGAUUUGGAGUUUGCAGUUGGAGAGAAAGUGUUGCUGAAAGUUUCACCAACCAAAGGAGUAAUGAGGUUCGGUAGGAAAGGAAAGCUAAGUCCUCGUUAUAUUGGACCUUAUGAGGUAUUGGAGAGAAUUGGACAAGUGGCCUAUAGGUUAGCCUUACCUACAGAUUUAGCCAAAGUUCAUAAUGUUUUUCAUGUGUCUCAACUUCGUAAAUACAUCUCUGACCCCUCCCAUGUUAUCCAACCUGAAACCAUUGAGUUAGACGAAACCCUCACUUUUGAAGAACGUCCUGUUAGAAUCCUUGAUUCCAAAACGAGAAACACCCGAAACAAGGCAAUAAAGUUAGUCAAAGUUUUGUGGUCUAAUCAUCAAACCGAGGAAGCAACGUGGGAAACAGAAGACGACAUGAAAAAGCGUUAUCCUGAACUCUUUUUUGAGCGUUUCUUAUCCCCGUAA